UUGACGUGUCUCUUUCUUUUCAUCCUCGUAGUUUCUCGUUUCUUCAGUAUUUUCUUUCUCCAGAUUCCCCUCGAAAUGGCAGCAAUUUACAGCCUCUACAUCGUCAAUAAGUCGGGUAUCUUGAUCUUCCACAAGGAUUAUGGAUCUGCUGGACGGAUGGACACUAAUGAUAGCUUGAGGGUGGCGAGUUUAUGGCACUCGAUGCAUGCGAUCUCUCAGCAGUUAUCGCCAGUAGUAGGUUGUUCAGGGAUUGAGCUCCUUGAAGCGGAUACAUUUGAUCUCCAUUGCUUCCAAUCACUUACCGGGACAAAGUUCUUUGUGGUCUCUGAGCCGGGGACACAGCACAUGGAAAGUCUCCUCAAAGUCAUUUAUGAAUUGUACACGGAUUAUGUCUUGAAGAAUCCCUUCUAUGAGAUUGAGAUGCCCAUAAGGUGUGAGCUUUUUGAUAUUCACUUGACAGAGGCAAUACAGAAGGAUCUUGUUGCCUUGUCAGGCAGAUGAUCCGCUUUGGAACUUGCAUUUGACCUGAGUGUUGUUUGCUUUUAUACUCCGAUGUACAUUUCUAGAACAGUAUUAUCUUGUUUUAAACUUUUAUGUAAUAAGAUAUUUUUAUACUUCAAAGCAAUCAUAAUAUCUGUAUGAUUUUGUACUU